CACUUCUUCUUUUCUCUCUCCAUAGCCUCCACUUUCACCAAUCCUUUGUUUGGUUUGGUUCACAAAGGGUAUGGGGAGCUUAUGAGAGAGAGAGAAAAAAAGACAGGUACUGUAGUGGGAGAAAGCGCUUCUGCUGGCCAUGCCCACUAUAAGCUCUGCUCCCAAUAAAAAAAAAAAACCACAGCGCCAUUACUCUUCUUCUUCUUCCUUCUAAUUUCUUUCACUUUGACCCCAUUAUUGUUGUACUCAACCAAAUGAAAUCCCUCUAAUUUCUCUUCUUCUCUUCUUUCCCAACUCACAGGUGAUGAUGGAUGAAUAUGAAGCAACAAGAAUUGUAUUCUCAAGACUUCAAAAUCUAGACCCUGAAAAUGCUUCUAAAAUCAUGGGACUUCUCCUUCUUCAAGACCAAGGAGAAAAAGAAAUGAUUAGAUUAGCUUUUGGCCCUGAAAGUUUACUCCAUUCCAUGAUUCUCAAAGCUAGAAAUGAAUUCAACUUCAAACCUAAACUUAAUCUCCCAUCUCUUGAACUUCCACUUCCAAAUCAUUCCUUUCCAAACCCAGAUGAUGAAUUUCUCACCACACCCACUAAUAAUAAUCCCAAAACUUUUUACAAUGGAGGAGGUGAUUUUGUAGAUGAGUUUCAGUUUCAAGAACAUCACCAUCAUCAUCAUCAACAACAACUCUCUUUCCUCAAUGAUUGCUCUGUAAAUGAAAACCCAGAUUUCUUUUACCCUGCUCCUCCGGCGAGCCCGAGCGGCGGAAAUUGGUCGGAGGAGGCGGGGUUGGGGCUUGGAUGGCGGCCGUGUCUCUACUAUGCUAGAGGGUUUUGUAAGAAUGGAAGUGGGUGUAGGUUUUUUCACUCCGGUGGCGGUGAUUUGGGUUUGAAAUCGAUGGUGCCUGCCGACGGCGGCGCCGGUGCUGCCGUCGGCAGUGUUGGAAGGACGGAGAUGGUUGAACAGUGUAAUGAUGUUGUUCUUCUCCGGUCGAAUUCCGGUCUGCAGCAGAGACUGGGAGUGGGAUCUGGUAAUGGUUUUUUUCCUUAUUCGCCGACGGCGGCUUCUGAAUUGCUUCUUCAUCAGCAGCAGAACGAAAUGCGAAGAGCGGUGGCCGGUUUAUCCAUGGUGGAGGAAUCGAGCAUCGUGGGGAGAUUCCGGCUAGAAAGAACUGAUUUUUCCGGUGGAGGAAUGGGAAAUCCGGCAGCCAGACAAAUUUACUUGACAUUCCCAGCAGAAAGCUGUUUCAAAGAGGAAGAUGUGUCCAAAUAUUUCAGCAUUUAUGGACCAGUUCAAGACGUGAGAAUCCCAUAUCAGCAGAAGAGGAUGUUUGGAUUCGUAACUUUCGUGUAUGCCGACACGGUUAAGCUUAUUCUGGCUAAGGGGAACCCCCAUUUUGUAUGUGAUUCUCGUGUUCUAGUUAAGCCUUACAAGGAGAAGGGCAAAGUCCCCGACAAGUUCAGGAAACAACAACAAAUUGAAAGGGGGGAUUUCUCUUCACCUUGUGGUACUCCUACUGGUCUUGAUUCUAGAGAUCUUCAUGAUCUCCAUCAUGGUGCAAGAAUGUAUUACAACAGUCAAGACAUGCUGUGGAGGAGGAAACUGGAGGAGCAAGCUGAUUUGCAGCAAGCUCUUGAACUUCAAGCUUUAAGAGUAAUGAGUUUGCAACUUGCUGAUCUCAAAAAGCCUCACCAUCAUCACAUUCCUCUUUCAACUUGUAGCCCUAUUCCCUCCCCCAUUCCCUCUCCUAAUACCUUCAAUCAAACCCUUUUCCAUUCAAUUCCUACCGACUCACAACUUCUCCAAGAGGAUGGGUCGAACCGCUUGCCCGAGAUUCGCAUCGAGCCUCAGGUGGUGAACAAUUUUGAUUCGACAGCUGAUAGUGAUAGUAGCAAUGGCAAGGAAACUGACUUGCAAGAAACUAGUUUGGAGCAUAAUCUUCCUGACAGCCCCUUUGCCUCUGCUUCGUACACGCCAAGUGUUAUUGAGGCCGAUGAAUCGGAUGCCUCAACUGACAAUCAUUCUGCAGCUUCAUCCUUCAUUGCAGCACCCUUCAAGUCUUUCAACUGCCAGUACUCUUCAGGCCAUGGAGCCAUUGGAUUGUAUGCAAGCACGGGUGGACCGACGUGCCGAGUUGGGAUUUAGCGACCCCUUCAGCUCAUCAUAAAUUUCAAGAAGUGUCAUAAGAAAGCCUACAUCACCAAGGACCUGAGAAUUACCAUAACAAUAGUAUUUAUUUAAAAUAAUAAAAAAUCAUAGGAAUGUCAAAGUCUCGAGAUCGACCCUCUGAAAGAAGUUCUUGAUAAAAAGAAAGCUCUUGCUGUCUCUUAGAGUUUUUGGCAUUUUUUUCGUCCCGUGAAGUCUCCCGACAAAUGUGAAAAUGGGAGAGGUCAUUCUUCUAUGAAGAUUGUUGUUGUUGUAGUAGUAGGAGCAGCUAGUGUUAGCUUUUCAAUUUAAUUUAGUGUUAGUUGAAGUGAAGACAGAAGUAAAAGAGAGGAGAAACAGUAAAAGGAGUGUAAAAUGGCAAAGAGAGACAUUGAUUGACAUGCAGUUUUCGCUGUAAUUCUCUUGCCAAUGUAAAUCUUACAAGAGGAAUUCAAGAAAGCCAACAUGUUCAAAAUUCAGUCUUCUUUGUAUAUCAAAAGUGUUAAUGAUCAAUGAUAAUGGCCCUUUAUAUA